AUGAAUAGUAUCAACGAUAGUAUUAAAGAAAUUUUGAAAAAUUUUGAGCUGAGUGAACUCCUGGACUCCUUUGAAGCUAACGAUAUAGACUUGGAAGCAAUGACAUCUCAUCCGGAUUUAAUAAAAGAAAUUAUCCCUAGUGUUGGGAAGAGAUUGAAAUUUAUUGCUAAGUACAAUAAAUAUAUAACAGAGAUUAUUAUUCCCGAAACCCAGAAAUCAACAUCACCAUCACCAGUCACGCCAGUCAUAGUCAAUGAAAUCCAAAUUCAGUCACCGUCAAGUGCCUCUACAACAACUGUAGAAAAGUUAGAAGAAUACCUUGAGAGUCUUGAAAAAUACCUUGAUGACAACACUGAAGGGAAAUUACUCUUAUUAUCACAUGAACUUUUAAGUCCCCACAAUAAAGAAGUUGAUGAGAUUGAUCAUCGAAUUUUUGAUGAAAAAGUACAAAGAAAAGAUGCAAUCGACGAAAGUGAUGGGGUAGAGUCAGAUAACAACACGGAACAAUAG